AUGAUAACAGGCUUAGGUUUGAGUGGUUCCAAACCAAUUGAGACUCCCCUGGAAUUCAAUCAAAAGCUUACAACAAAGGAACUUGAUGAAGUUACUGGAACCACAAAAGAUGAGCUGUUGGAAGACGAACCUAAAGAAUCUCAUUGGGAAGCAGCUUUAAGAGUAGUGAAAUAUGUGAAGAUGACACCUGGAAUGGGUGUAUUAAUGAGUAGUAAAAAGAGCAACACAUUGAUAGCAUUCUGUGAUGUUGAUUGGGCAUCAUACCCAAACACCAGGAAGUCAAUUAUAGGCUUCAGAGUGAAGCAUGGUGAGUCACUCAUUGCCUGGAAAUCAAAGAAGCAAACUACAGUAUCAAGAAGCUCAGCAGAAUCAUAG